GGGGCUAGAGGAUGCUUGACUUGUCUGGCAGGUUACUGCUUUUCAUCUGUGCUCCCAGGCCAACUCGUAAUUAAAACAUUUUCUAAUUAGACAGGAGCUCGACAUUUGGCUAUACAGGGUUACUAGGAUGUCUAUGUGGAGGCGACGGCCAAAAUAUAAUUGCAAAGCAUAUCGAGAAGACAAACAUGUCCAUAGAGGCCCAGAUAGAGUGGAUAUACUAACAUUUAAAUACAAGGAGAUGUGUAAAAUGGACUCAAGCUCUGAUUCUGAAUCUGAUGCAAGCCCUAGGUGGUCAGACACCAGCAGCAAGGGCAACGUCAGUGGGGCAGCAGAAAGAAGAGCUGCACAGAAACUGCCAUCAUUAACACACAAACCCACUGGCUGGCACAACGUGUGCAUAGAUCCGUACGAUGGAAGCUCAGAGGACUCUUGCAGCUCCAUGAAUGGUUCCAGACGGCCAAAGAAGGGUACCUGCAGGUUUUGGGGAAAGUUCCGGAGAGGGACAGCCAUGCAUGGCCCCCUCCCCAAGGAGGCGAAGAGAAGUGGGACAACUGAUGGUGCAGGAGGAUCCCAUUUUGGAGACAUUCACAUGUCAAGCGAUUCAGAGAUUGAUUUCACCAACCAGAAUGGCAAUUGGCCUUCUAGCGAUGUGAAAGAUUCAAAGGCAGGGGUGUUGGAAGAUAGCGGCGUGUUCACCAGGUCCCCUUCUGACCCACCUGGCCCUGCGCUGUCCACUGUUGGAGGUGAUUGCGUGCGGGCUGUGCGUGGUUCAUCCAAUGAAAACGAUCAAGAGACACCAACGCCUCAACUUCAGUCACCUGACUGUACCACAGGCUAUGACUCACUUUCCAAAAGGAAGCUGGUUCUUCCCCAGGGUGAAAUGGGGUAUUGGCACAGGAAAAGGCAAUGUAUGACUAAAGUGGAAGAGGAGAGCCACAGUCCUGAGUGAAAUGAAACUGGGGAGCCAUCAGGUCAACUUCUGAAACAUUUUGAGUUACUUUGCACUUCCACUGUAAAUAAAGCACUUGGUGUUAAAUA